GCUGUGAAUCAAUACACUGAUUCACGACACCAGUAGAACUGUGGUUAUAUAUGACUUUUUAAUGGUUACAUAUCUCUUUUAUCAACAAUGUGUAUGUUUAUAAUCGGUACAUGUAAACAUAAAUAAUAGGUGUGUAGGACAUGACCUACAGGUAUACUGUUAAAUGGACUACUUAAUAUGUACGUAUACAGUUAAUGUACCUGUAUUGUCACCAGCUUUGUGUAUGCAUUUUACCCGAGUAUAGCAAUCAAGGACGCGUAUUAUUACACAAACAUUUAAUCCAAAGUCUAUAGAUUACAAGAAAAAUCGGAUUAACUCGAUGGAUUGAUCAAUAUCGGAAUUCUAUUACUAUUCUAAACAUGUAAAAUUGGAAUAUAUAAAUCGAGAGAACAAAAUGUGGAAAAAAUUUAGGGAAGCGUCCUCUGGAGUAACAUUUAGUUCGGUGACAAAUUUAUUACGUGGUAGGAGUUAUUCUAAAUUCAGUGAGGAGAACGAAAUAAAUGAUGAUCACGGUACAGUUGGAAGUGUUCUGGAUCAAGACAACAAUGUUAUAACAUGGACAAAAAAUACUCCGAUGUCUGACCAUAAUGAUUUCCCUGUACGUGACACUACAGUUCAAAAUGACGAUUCGUCUGACGAUGAAUACGGGUUUGAAAACCAGGAAACAGCUACAAAGUCAAGAUUUCAGCAUGUUGAAAAGGAUAACACAGAUUGUUCAAAACAAAUAUCCGCGAGGCCAGUCAAAAACAGUCCGACGCUGUCCCACAGAAGUGGAAGCAUUCCAAACCCUAAAAAUGAAAUGAAAGAAAUUGUGAACAGUUUUUCGCAAAAACGUUACCAGCAUUUAGAUGAUACUGACGAGUUUUUCAAUGGCCGUGAAGAUGAUUUUUCGUCCAGUCAGUCAAAAAGUGAAAAUACUAACGGUGUCUUUCACAAGGCAGUUGAUGUACACCAAAACAUUAAGCAACCAAAUUCCUCAUUGAGAAAUAGUCUGAACUCAAGUUCUCAGUCGAACCGAAAUGUACUUGUACGAACAUUUGAAAACGGGCAUAGUGUGCCAAACCCCAAAAAAGAAGUCAAACAGCUUGUGGACAGUUUCUCCCAAAGAAGAUACCAACAAUUAGAAGAAUCCGAUGAAUCAAUUGAUAGCAGAUCUUCAAAUGCAGAAAGUGUAGAAAUUGAAAACAUAACAUUUCACAAUGCUGAAGAUGUACACCAAGAUAUAAGACAUAAAUCAAGCAAACUCAAAGGAACAAAGAAGAUUUGGUAUCAUUUGAAAACUGCAGGUUAUAAUGUACUAAAUACUCUGAAAAAAUCGUUUAUAUAUGGAUAUGCUACUCCUAUAUUCAUGUCUAAAGAUAUGGAAUUUCCAAAGAGAAACAAAUAAGGUUGCAAAACGUACAAGAAAAAUAAUUAGAAGAUCCUGGAAAUGGCUAAGACAUGGAUUUGCAGCAUAUGCACAGGGAAUUCAGUUUUCAAAUAUAUUUGUAAUGGUACAUAAACGAAGCUGAUGCUAUUAAGUAAAGCAACCCCGAUUUUGUGAAAUUAUGUUUACAAUUUGUAUUUUGAUGGCUCAGUAGCUUAUCAUCUUGAGAAAUAGAAAAAAAAAACACCAUUGUAUUACAAAAUGUUUUUAAAUGACAACUUUAUGCUUCCUAUAUAUCUUAUAUUUUGUGGUGCUACAACUUCAGAUAAUUUAUAUGCAAGAUUCUAAAUCAAACAAUUUACACCAUUAUCACACAAUUCUUUAAUUGGUUGAUUUGCCUGCUGUAAUUCAUUAAAUAAUGUUCACAUAACUAAUCCAUAUACAUUGUAUUUGAAUGAGAACAAUACAGGUCCUUUUCAUCUGUAUAUUUUAUGUAAAAUUCAUGAUGAGAAAUUCAAGAAUUAUAUUUCGCUUGAAUGAGAAAAAUAUUAAAAUCUCAUUCUCUUUCAACAUGUAUCAUAAGAUACAUCUUCGUUAGCCAAGGGUUACAAUCCACUCCUGUUUGCUCAAUCUGCAAAGGGUGAAGAGAAUGGGAGUGGAUCGUAACCCUUGGCUAGCGAGGAUUCAUAAGAUAUAAUAUCAACCGUUUACUUUG